UCGCGGACUCGCGUUCCUCUUGUCGGAGUCGCGGUCGUUUGAUCUCUCCUCGCCGUGUUUCUCUGUUAGCAAUCUCUCGCCGUGUUUGACCCAAUCAACUCCUCUGGUCUACUCUCUUCAAAAGUGCCACGUGUUCCUUGGCCACCUUAGCCAUUGUUUUGGUCUGGUCACCACAUACGUCACCUUAUUCUUAUAUUCGUUAUAUUUCAAAGGUGGAUUAACAGGCACAUCAAUGGCCGCAGCUCUCAUGUCUCCGACUCCUUUCUUUCGCCGCUUCCUCACUCAACGCUCCAAACCAACCAUUUCCUGCUGCUCCCAUUCCUUCAAGUUUAAAAGGCAGUACACGAGCGUGAUGAUAGUGCCUACAGGGAUUGGAGCUGCUAUUGGUGGUUACGCUGGAGAUGCUUUGCCCGUUGCUCGUGCUCUCUCCACCGUCGUUGAUUGUCUUAUCACUCAUCCAAAUGUUCUUAAUGCAGCAAUGCUAUACUGGCCCAUGCCAAAUACAUUAUACGUUGAAGGUUAUGCGCUUGACCGCUUUGCAGAAGGGUUGUGGGCUUUACAACCUGUUCACCAAAAUAGAGUGGGAAUAGUUCUCGAUGCUGGAAUAGAGGAGGACCUUCGACUUCGCCAUUUACAAGUAGCUGAUGCUGCUAGGGCAUCACUUGGAUUACCCAUCAUAGAAUAUAUUGUCACUGACACUCCCCUUGAGGUGGAGAAGUGGAUUGAUCCAGAAACUGGAAAAUCAACAGGGAGGAUUAGGCACCCUGAUUCUUUGAUUAGAGCUGUAUGGAAUUUAGUGAAUAGGUCAAAAGUGAAUGCCAUUGCUGUUGUUGGGCGUUUUCCAGAUGAUGAUACUGAUGAUGUAGAUGACUAUCGGCUGGGAAUGGGAGUAGAUCUUUUGGCAGGAGUUGAGGCAGUUAUAAGCCAUCUAGUGGUAAAGGAGUUCAAAAUUCCCUGUGCUCAUGCUCCUGCUAUGUCUCCACUUACGAUGAGUUUGUCUCUUAGUCCAAAAUCAGCAGCAGAGGAGAUUGGCUACACCUUCUUGCCAUGUGUACUUGCUGGCUUAAGUAAUGCUCCUCAAUACUUGGUUAACUCCUCUGAAUCUACGGAGAGGAAUUUCAUAUCUGUGAGCGAUGUCGAUUCUGUGAUCCUUCCCAGAGAUGCUUGUGGAGGUGAUGGAACUCUUGCUUUUGCAAGAAGUGAAAAAAAUAAGCCUCUGAUGAUUACAGUGGAAGAAAAUGAUACUGUUCUCAAUGAUACUGCAGAUAAACUUGGUUUUGAAACGCUGCAGGUCUCAAAUUAUUGGGAGGCCAUUGGAGUUGUUGCUUCUCACAAGGCAGGGAUCAAUCCCUUCUCGCUUAGACGAAACAAAAUUCCUAACAUUGGGUGUGCUUCUAUGCAUCUCAAUGGUCACUCCAUUGCAAGAGAAAGAGCUAUCUCUUAG